AUGGCUACGGCAAAGGUGACACAGUACAUUCACGAAGGUGGGGUACGCCCAUACUUCGAGCAGCAAAUUCAAGAUGCUGAAAUCAAAAUUCAACAAACUACCCAAAAUUUGAGAAGAUUAGAAGCUCAACGUAACAAGUUAAACAAUAAGGUCCGUCAAUUGAAAGACGAAUUAAGAUUAUUACAGGAGCCAGGACUGUAUGUCGGUGAAGUGAUCAAGGUCAUGGGUACUAAGAAAGUGCUUGUUAAAAUUCAUCCUGAAGGAAAGUACAUUGUCAAUAUUAGUAAAGACAUCGAUAUCAAGAAAUUGACCCCUUCUUUGAGAGUGUGUUUGAAGGCAGACUCUUACGACUUACACAAAAUCUUGCCUAACAAAAUCGAUCCAUUGGUUUCAUUGAUGAUGGUGGAGAAGGUUCCAGAUUCUACCUACGACAUGGUUGGUGGUCUUGACAAACAAAUCAAAGAAAUCAAAGAAGUCAUUGAGUUGCCUGUGAAACAUCCAGAAUUAUUCGAAAGUUUAGGUAUCGCACAACCUAAGGGUGUUAUUCUCUACGGUCCACCAGGUACAGGUAAAACCUUGCUUGCUAGAUCUGUUGCUCAUCACACAGAAUGUAAAUUCAUUAGGGUCUCAGGUUCAGAAUUGGUUCAGAAGUACAUUGGUGAAGGUUCAAGAAUGGUCAGAGAAUUGUUUAUAAUGGCUCGUGAACAUGCGCCAUCCAUUAUUUUCAUGGAUGAAAUCGAUUCCAUUGGUUCUUCGAGAGUUGAGGGUUCUGGCUCUUCUGGGGGAGGUGACUCCGAGGUCCAGCGUACCAUGUUGGAAUUAUUGAACCAGUUAGAUGGGUUUGAGUCUUCAAAAGACAUCAAGAUCAUCAUGGCAACCAACAGAUUGGAUAUUUUAGAUCCUGCAUUAUUGAGACCUGGUAGAAUUGAUAGAAAGAUCGAAUUUCCUGCUCCAACAGUCACAGCUAGAACCGAUAUUCUUAAGAUCCAUUCUAGAUCAAUGAACUUGACUAGAGGUAUUGAUUUGAGAAAGAUUGCCGAGAAAAUGAACGGCUGCUCAGGUGCCGAUGUCAAAGGUGUUUGUACCGAAGCUGGUAUGUAUGCAUUGAGAGAAAGAAGAAUCCACGUUACCCAAGAAGACUUUGAGUUAGCUGUUGCCAAGGUCAUGUCGAAGAAUGAUGAAGGUGCCGUUUCUUUGGCCAAAUUAUUUAAGUAG